GCGAACCCCACCAGCAGCAGCGACCGUCGAGGACCACCGCGAAGCAGCAACUUCGGUAAGGCGCCAUCAGUGAAAACCUGCAAACAAUAGCUCCAACAGGCAGUAGCAGCAACUCCAGUGAGCUCAAUAUCAACAGCAGCAGCAACUGCUCAAAACAGCUCCGGCCAAUCGAGCUCCGGCGAAGUCCAAAAUUUUGGAUCGGUGGAAGACGGAUCUGUCUCCGAGUUUUGAAAUGGAGGAUACACCUAAAGCAGAAGAUCAGUUGCCUGAGGGAGCAUCAGAAAGUGCGCCUCAGAAGAUGCUAGAAACCCGCGAGGAGAUGCUUUCUAGGCAUAGGAAAGAAAUUUCUAAGCUACAGGACAAAGAAAUUGCUAUGAAAAAGGCAGCAGCUAAAGGAAGCAAAGCUGAACAGAAAGCUAAGAAAAAACAAGUGGAUGAAGAAGUAUCUAAACUUUCUGCAAAGCUCAAAGAAGGACAUGCUGGGGAACUUGCUUCUUUAGGCUACGGUGAUGAUAGUAAUAAUGAUAAUGGAAAGGAUAAAGGGAAUCUGGAUACAUUGGUGAAGGCCAUUGCUGGGGUUUCUGUCAGUAGUCAAACUGACCAUUCAAAACCCAGCAAGAGCGUGAAGAGACGUGAGAAAAGAGCUCAACAAGAGGCAGCCAGAGAGCAGAGAAUACAAGAAGAGCAGAGUAAUAUCAUAAGUGAUCGGGUUAUUGAGAAUGAAAAGUUAGAAAGAAAGCUUGAGCCUCUUGGAUUGACUGUUAACGAAAUAAAGCCUGACGGACACUGUCUUUACCGAGCUGUGGAGAAUCAGUUGGCCAUCCACACUGGCGGUUCAUCUCCUUAUUCAUAUCUUGAACUGCGACAGAUGGUGGCAGCUUACAUGAGGAAACAUGCAACUGACUUUCUCCCUUUUUUCCUCUCUGAGAAUGCAGAAGAAGGAGAAUCAGAUGAUUCUCUUGUAGGAAGGUUCGAGAAUUACUGUAGAGAAGUUGAGUCAACUGCUGCAUGGGGAGGACAACUUGAGCUUGGUGCUUUAACUCACAUCUUAAAGAAACAUAUAAUGAUAUUUUCAGGGUCAUUUCCUGAUGUGGAGAUGGGAAAGGAAUACAAAUCCAGCAGUGGCUCUGGCUCUGGCUCUUCAGCUUUCAGUAUAAUGCUAUCUUACCACAAGCAUGCUUUUGGGCUUGGUGAGCACUAUAACUCACUUAUUCCCAGUUCAGCUUAAUAGGUUUGAUUUUUAUUGUGGAAAACAAAUGUUCACAGCAACAUGAUAGCUCAACUGAUAUCAUGAUUUACAGCAAAGCAAUCUAGCAACAGUUUCAUUUGUGUCAUAUGUUUCGAGUUCAAUGCGUUUUGUCUUUCUACAAUGUUACUAUAGGACUAAAUCCUAACUUAUGGAUUUGGUUUUCUGUUUUGUGAUAACUCUUACUUCCUUUCGUUCGUAUUCCAAAUUAAGAGUUUCUCUGAUUUGUUUUCAGUAUGCA